UUUGUUUCGGUCAAACGGUCACUCAGUCGUUGUGCCAGAGGUCUCUUAAUAAAAUCAAUAUAAAAUCAAUAUAUAGACAAUACAUAAACAUAAAAAUUCAAUAUGAAAUACUUUGCUGUCUUUGCUCUUCUCUGCUGCCUGAUGGGCGCUGCUUUGGCAGAGCUCAAGAGUCCCAUCUGUGGUGAGGAGUUUGGAAGUAUGGGAGUAUGCCGUGGCCGGAUCCAGAAAUUUACCUACAGACGGGACACCAACGAGUGCGUUGAUUUCUUUUAUUCAGGUUGCCAUGGAAACUCCAAUAAAUUCGACACCAAGAAGGCAUGCGAGCAGGCCUGCAAAUUGUAAAAUAAAUACAAAAUAAUCAAAAACUAUAAAAAACUAAAAUUAAAAAAUUAAUUUAAAAAAUAAUACAAAAUUUACUUUGUUAUAAAUAAAAUACCAAGUUGGUUUUUGUUAUUCUAAUGUGA